AGAAAAUCUUCUCAGUCCCAGGCAACCGCUGCUGCCCCUUUGAUGUUUUGGUACGCCGUGCGCAUGCGCUUCACAUUAGAAUUACUGCACUGGGCAGACUAAGUUGGAUCUCCUCUCUUCAGUGAAAUCCUCAAUCCCAUCCAAAACUAAAGGGAUGUGGAGAGUCCGGAAAAAGGGCUACUUUGGGAUUUGGUCGUUUCCCUUAAUAAUCGCUGCUGUCUGUGCGCAGAGUGUCAAUGACCCUAGUAAUAUGUCGCUGGUUAAAGAGACGGUGGAUAGACUCCUGAAAGGCUAUGAUAUUCGGCUGAGACCAGAUUUUGGAGGUCCCCCCGUGGCUGUGGGAAUGAACAUUGACAUUGCCAGCAUCGAUAUGGUUUCUGAAGUCAAUAUGGAUUAUACAUUGACAAUGUACUUUCAGCAAGCGUGGAGAGAUAAGAGGCUGUCCUAUAACGUAAUACCUUUAAACUUGACUCUGGACAAUAGGGUGGCAGACCAGCUCUGGGUGCCCGACACCUACUUCCUGAAUGAUAAGAAGUCUUUUGUGCACGGAGUGACCGUCAAGAACCGCAUGAUCCGUCUGCAUCCAGAUGGGACGGUCCUGUACGGCCUCAGAAUCACAACCACAGCUGCCUGUAUGAUGGACCUAAGGCGGUACCCACUGGAUGAACAAAAUUGCACCCUGGAAAUUGAAAGCUAUGGAUAUACAACUGAUGACAUUGAGUUUUACUGGCGUGGGGAUGAUAAUGCAGUCACAGGAGUAACGAAGAUUGAACUUCCACAGUUCUCUAUCGUAGACUACAAACUUAUCACCAAGAAGGUGGUUUUCUCCACAGGUUCCUAUCCCAGGUUGUCCCUCAGCUUUAAGCUUAAGAGAAACAUUGGUUACUUCAUUCUGCAAACAUACAUGCCAUCUAUCUUGAUCACUAUCCUCUCCUGGGUCUCCUUCUGGAUUAAUUACGAUGCUUCAGCUGCAAGAGUGGCAUUAGGAAUUACAACUGUGCUAACCAUGACCACGAUCAAUACCCACCUUCGGGAGACUCUCCCUAAAAUCCCCUAUGUGAAGGCCAUUGACAUGUACCUGAUGGGGUGCUUUGUCUUUGUUUUCAUGGCCCUUCUGGAAUAUGCUUUGGUCAACUAUAUCUUCUUUGGGAGGGGACCUCAACGCCAAAAGAAAGCAGCUGAAAAAGCUGCUAAUGCCAACAAUGAGAAGAUGCGCCUAGAUGUCAACAAGCUUCAGAUGGACCCCCAUGAGAAUAUUUUACUGAGCACUCUUGAGAUAAAAAAUGAAAUGGCCACGUCUGAGGCUGUGAUGGGACUUGGAGACCCCAGGAGCACAAUGCUGGCCUAUGAUGCCUCCAGCAUCCAGUAUCGGAAAGCCGGGUUGCCCAGGCAUAGUUUUGGCCGAAAUGCUCUGGAACGGCACGUAGCACAGAAGAAGAGCCGCCUGCGGAGACGUGCCUCCCAGCUGAAAAUCACCAUCCCCGACUUGACUGAUGUGAAUGCCAUAGAUCGGUGGUCCCGCAUAUUCUUCCCAGUGGUUUUUUCCUUCUUCAACAUCGUCUAUUGGCUUUAUUAUGUGAACUAAACCAUAGCCUCCUGUGGGAAGCAAGGACUAGAUCCCUCCUCAAACCAGUUGUACAGCCUGACGUAGAACUUGGAAAACAUCAAUCCAGGAUAAAAGUGAUGCUAAAAUACCUUAGUUGCUGGCCUAUCCUGUGGUCCAUUUCAUACUGUUUGGGUUGCUUCUGCUAAGUCAUGAAUACACUAGGGUCCUAGUGGUUUUGCAGUUAAAAUGUAAGUGAUGGGUACAAAAGCUGAGUCUGAGUAUUCCAUUUUAUCUGCUUAGUAUGCAGCCUAUACAGAGGGGAAGAAUUUAGAAGAUAUUCUAGAAGGCUCAGUAGCAUCAUCAGUCAUUUCGCUGAGAAGUGAUCAUGUCCGGAUACCCCCCAUCUUUAGUCCUAAGGUUGGCAUGCUCUUGAGAUGGCACUGUGCUUAUGAAACACAAUCUUCAGUGUCAUGCAGACACGCUUACUGACGAUGGUCUAUGCCCGUCUUCUUAAGAUCGUAAUGGUGCCAUAGGAGGUUAAUUCCCACUGGAUUCUAGAAGGUUCUCAUGUAGUUUGAACAGGCUAGGGAAAGUCAAGACAGAGACCCAGGAAACAAAUUUGGCCAGCCUCUAUUUGCUUGAGCAUGAGAAUCGACUCUGACAUCUUCCAUUUUGACAUUAAGAGAUGAGGAGACUUCUGAACAUUGUCAAAGAAAUUUUUUUUAAAAGGCUAUUUCAGAGGUGGUUAAAAUAAGAGUUAAUAACCCAAAGCAGGGUUAAAAAAUCCAGAAAUGACUGUUGUGACAAAAUUAAAGCAAGCAGCAUGACCCUUAUCAGCCCCUCAUAGUCUCUGGUCCAUAUAUACUGUGUUCAGUAGGAAAAGGUAGAAUGAGAAAGAUUUUUUUUUUCUCCAACCCCACAAUCUUUUGACAGCAUACCUAAAGAAGAUUUUAUGGUUUAUAUAAUCAAAAGACAAUCCCAAAUAGAAAAGUUAGUGGAAUUAGAAGUAUCUUAGGUUACACUGGGAGGUGUUCCAAUAUAUGAAUGUAAAGCACAGACAAAAUUAGCAAACAGGGUGUUUUUCUCACAGUGUCAGCUGUCUCUACAACAUU